AUGGGUUUUUCCCUGUUUUCCGUGUUCCAGGUGCAGCAGUUGGUUCCCAAGCGGGACCAGGCGCUGCAGGAGGAGCAGAACCGGCAGAAUUCCAACGAGCACCUCCGGAGGCAGUUUGGGAGCCAGGCCAACAGGGUGGGGCCCUGGAUCCAGACCAAGAUGGAGGAAAUCGGCCGGAUCUCCAUCGAGAUGAACGGGACCCUGGAGGAUCAGCUGAACCACCUGAAGGAGUACGAGGAGAACAUUGUGGAGUACAAACCCAACCUGGAGCUCCUGGAGCAGCAGCACCAGCUCGUGCAGGAGGCCCUGAUCUUCGACAACCAGCACUCCAACUACACCAUGGAGCACCUCCGGGUGGGGUGGGAGCAGCUGCUGACGACGAUCGCCCGGACCAUCAACGAGGUGGAAAACCAGAUCCUGACCCGCGACGCCAAAGGGAUCAGCCAGGAGCAGAUGCAGGAAUUCCGGGCCUCCUUCAACCACUUCGACAAGGACCACGGGGGGUCCCUGGGCCCGGAGGAGUUCAAGGCCUGUUUGAUCAGUCUGGGCUACGACGUCGAGAACGACCGGCAGCCGAAGCGCCGCACGGACUCCAAGGAUUUCCGUGCCCUCCUGGGCCCCGCCGGAUCCGGGCUGGGUGACGCGGAAUUCCAGCGGAUCAUGGCCGUGGUGGAUCCCAACGGCAGCGGGAGCGUGACAUUCCAGGCCUUCAUCGACUUCAUGUCCCGGGAAACGACGGACACGGACACGGCGGAGCAGGUCAUCAACAGCUUCCGGGUCCUGGCCGGGGACAAGAACUACAUCACGGCGGCGGAGCUG